AUAGAUAUGGUCCGGGGAUCGCGUUCUUCUUGGUCCUCCAUUCAAGCUAAGCUGCUCCCACGCCCUAUACCCACUUCUCUCUCUCUCUCUCUCUCUCUCUCUCUCUCUCUCUCUCUCUCUCUCUCUCUCUCUCUCUCUCUCUCUCUCUCUCUCUUCCAUUGGGCUGUCAGGCCGUGUGACUUCGUAGUGUAUGAUAGAGAGAACCGAGGUGAGAGAGAGAGAGAUGAUGUCAAGGGAAUGCAAGAAGGCUGCCGCUCUUCAGGAGAAGCUGAAAAUCCUCCGCUCCAUCACUCACUCCCAUGCUUACCAUGGCCACUCCCAGUUGAGCAAUACAUCUAUAAUCAUGGACGCGUCGGAGUACAUCAAGGAGCUGAAGCAGAAGGUCGUGAGGCUGAAACAGGAGAUUGCCUGCGCGCAAGACGCGCUCAGACAAAACUCCUACCCGACGGUGACCGUGGAAACUCUAGGAGGGCACGGGUUCCUCAUCAACGUGUUCUCCGACAAGAGCUACCCAGGGCUGCUCGUCGCCGUCCUCGAAACCUUCGACGAGCUGGGCCUCAGCGUCCUCCAAGCCACCGCGUCCUGCGCAGACUCAUUCCGCCUCGAAGCUGCAGGAGGAGAGAGCGUGGACGAGCACGUCGUGAAGCAAGCCGUCCUGCAGGCCAUAAGGAGCUGCUCCGAGAGCGGCAGCGAGCACAGCGAGGAGUGAACGUGCACACGAUCGAUCAGCCUCGGCGUCGUCCUGCUAGAGCAAUCUCCUCGACAUUGCUUUGAUCUGUUCUCCAUUCUUUCUUUCUCUCCCUGCUUUAUUUCUUUCUUUUUCAUCUGCUGGUGGCGAUGAUAUGCCUAGCUCCUGAUUCGGUGAAGCAGCACCGUUUCCUGUGUAAUAGUGGUAGGGGGCGUAUCCUAUUAUAAAAGUAGUCUAUAUAUGACAAUAUGAUCAUGCAUGCGUGUAACAGAUGAUGCGAGGCUGGAAGCAAAGCUAAAUAGCAGCUCACCAGCUUCCAUAUA